AUGUCUGACGAUAGUAUCUGUAGGUGCUUGGAGGAACAGAAGGAAGAAAUCGUGCUCCUUCGUUCAAAGAUUCUUAAGGAAUAUGAACAGCUGCUGAAGGCUAGGACUGAUUCCAUGGUUAUCGAGUCCCGUGGAGACAUCAGUCGGUUGCAGGAUGAAAUAGAAGCUCUUCAAAGGCAGUAUGAAAUCCAAAUUGCCAGUCUGAAGCAAGAAAUAACAGAGGAUGCUACUGCUGAUACUCAAGAUAACAAGAAUCUUUCCCAAUGUCUGGAUACAGACCAACAGCAAACACUGCACAACCUGCUAGAAUAUUUCAAAUCUAAAGUGCACUCGAUUGAGAGUCGCUUCAACAACCAAAUCACUGGUCUCAAAACCCAAAUUGAAUCAGAUCUUUCUGCUAGCUUUGGGGAAGCUAGCUGUGAAGUGGACGAUAGUUUUCAAAUGGAUAAUGUUCCAUUAACAAGCACUGAGAAAAGUUCUUCCAGUUGCCAGAAUCUCAUUUUUCCAAAGAUUAACAAAGAGAACUCAAGUGGCAGACAUUCCCUUGGGAAAUCUGCUUGUCCAGAUCGAGACUCUCAAGUAACAGACCUUUCUGAUAAAGCUGGUGAACAUACAAACUCUUUAGAAGAUAGUUGCACACUUGAAAAAGACAUAAAAGCUUAUCAGGAAGAAAUAGAAUAUUUACGGCAUCAGCUGGAAGAGGUGAUAACUUCAAAGACUUUCUUACAACGAGAGAAAGAAGAAUUGGUAUUUGCUCAUGCACAAGCUAUGUCUGGCCAAGAAGAGGACUUGGAACAUAAACACAAAAUGGAUAUUGAAGACUUGCAAAGUGAGUUUGAUAUCCAACUCCAAGUCGAACUCAAAAAACAAGCUGUGGAACUUCUGGAGAAAUACCAGUCAGAUAAUCAUGAGAGCAAUUUGCAGAAUCGACGUGAAUCGUUUGAACGUGAAUUGGUUAAGCGCACAAUGACUGCUGGUCAUUUUGACAGCUACGAUGCUGGUGACAGUUGUGAUAUUACAGACAGUCCUCACAAGUUGGAUGUACCUGGUCAGAAAUUUGGUUAUAACAGAAGUCCUAACCAGAUUAUCUCGGAUUACGAAGCAAGAAUUUCACAAAUGAAAGUAGAUUUGGAAAGAAACAUGGAAAGCUUGCAGGUGAAAUUGACUGAAAUGAAAGAAGCUGAAAUGGAACAACUAAUAUCCAAACAUCAGAUGGAGCUGCAGAAUGUGCGUAAGCAAUUGACAGAUGUGGAAGAAAAAUACGAAACUGUAAUGGAAGGUUUGCGGACAGGUGAUGCUCCAGAAGUAGCUAAGAUGAUGAGAGAUAAAUAUGAUACAGAACUAGAAUUGGCCAAAGCCCUCAUGCAACAAGAAUUUGAUGAAUCACUGGAAGGAGAACAGUCUCGACUCCAAGAUCACCAUGAGAAACUGAUAGAAGAACUUUUAGUCAAGCAGACUUCUGAGAUGCGGGAACUGCAAGAGAAGUACAAUGAAAAUCUCAGUUCCCUACAGAAAAUGCUUCAGUUUUAUGAGCAACAACGCAGUACAGAUGACACAGAUGGGUCAGAAGCCAACCAGAUUUUAACUGAUUUAAAGCAUCAGCUGCAAGAGAAAGACAACAAGAUGGCUGAAGAAUUGGUAAAACAUAAACAAGAAAUGGAGAAAAUCCGAAGAGAAUAUGAAGAGAAACUUGCUCAGUUGAAAAACACUGAUGCCCCUGAUAGACAUCCUGAUCAAACUGCACCCAUUGCUACGGAUGUUGACACGAUCAAGUCUGAAUUGGAUGCUGCUCACCAGGUUGAAUUGAAUUUGGUCAAGGAAGAACUUAGCAGUGAACAUGCCAAAAUGAUUGAGAAUCUUGAAAAACAACACCAAAUGCGGAUUGAAGAACUACAAAAAGAACACAAGGUGCAGUUAGAAGAAUUACAGAAGGAAACUGCAGAUAAAAAUGGUAAAAAUUCUCAAGAGAAAAAUGAUGUGGCUGUACAAGUAAUAUUACUUUUUAACAUUGUUUUGGAUUAUCGUUUUCUCUUUUCUCUCCCCACUCUUUCUUUCUCUCCCCCUUUUCUCCCUCUCUCCCUCCCCCUUUUCUCCCUCUCUCCCUCCCCCUUUUCUCCCUCUCUCCCUCCCCUUUUCUCUCCCCUCUCCCCUCCCCUUUUCUCUCUCUCUUUCCUUUCUCUCUCUCUCCUUUCUCUCUCUCUCCUUUCUCUCUCUCUCCUUUCUCUCUCUCUCCUUUCUCUCUCUCUCCUUUCUCUCUCUCUCCUUUCUCUCUCUCUCCUUUCUCUCUCUCUCCUUUCUCUCUCUCCUCUCUCUCUCCUUUCUCUCUCUCUCCUCUCUCUCUCUCCUUUCUCUCUCUCUCCUCUCUCUCUCUCCUUUCUCUCUCUCUCCUCUCUCUAUCCUCCUUUCUCUCUCUCUCUCCUCUCUCUAUCCUCCUUUCUCUCUCUCUCUCUCUCUCUCUCCUUUCUCUCUCUCUAUCCUCUCUCUAUCCUCCCUUUCAUUCUCUUCCUCCUUCAUCCCUUUUUCUCUCUCUUUUCAUUUAUUUUUCUUUCUUUUUUCUACUCUUUCCUUUUCUUUUUAAUGAAAGUGGACUUACUGUCACCUGCUAACCAAGCCACUUCACCUCUGGUCAGCCCGUGGUCAUCGCCUUCUUCAACAGCAGAACUUGACCGCAGUGCGACACCUGUCGAACUGAUGACCACACGAUCAUUUGCUGAUGUAUCUAAUAAAAAGGCUCACUCUUUGGACUUGGAUGCCAGCCAGGCUGAAACAGAAGCAAGUGAUGUCGCCAAAACUGCUGACCAAAAUGUCAUCCUUGAGGCCAACCAGAACCUAUUACGUCACCUGUCCAACUUGGUUCGAAGUUACUUGAACAUUGAAGACACAAUAAACAAGAAACUUCACCGAGUCCUAAGUGGCAGCAAGACAGCUGCAACAGGAGCAGCAGCAGCUGCUGCAGCAGGUCCAUCUCCUUCUGAAAGUCCACCUCAAACUGACCAUUUGAAUGUACCAGGAAAUUCUUCAUCAUCAAAGAGACGGAGAAAAAGGUACAAAUCAGCAGAUCGGACACCUCCUAACAAUGAAACCUCUCCAAGAGUUAAUAGAGCAAGGUCUAUGGAUCCAGUUGACCCACGUUAUGCUCCAUUUCAAUCUGUAGAAAAAGAAAAAGUUUUUUUUUCUCUUUUCCUCUCUCUCUCUUUUCAUCUCUCUCUCUUUUCAUCUCUCUCUCUUUUCCUCCCUCUCUCUCUUUUCCUCCCUCUCUCUCUUUUCCUCCCUCUCUCUCUUUUCCUCCCUCUCUCUUUCCUCCCUCUCUCUCUCUUUUCCUCCCUCUCUCUCUCUCUUUUCCUCCUCUCUCUCUUUCUCCUUUCUCUCCCUCUCUCUCCCUCCUCUCUCCCCUCUCUCUUCCCUUUCAAAAUCCAGAUAAUUUUACCACUUUGGCCCUUACCUGGGCUAGACGGGCGGGCUUCUUCUUUUCUCCAUUUCUGUCUCUAUUUUUCACCUUCUUUGUAUUCUUCACUUUUUGGUGCAAUACGCUUCGGAACUUGGCAUUAUUUUUUGUUCAUUGCUGGUGUUUCCUCUGUGGAGGAGUGUAGCAGUAGUGGGGAUGACUUUUAUGAAACCAGUAUCACAUCAAGUGUCACUGAUGAAGGCCUGGUACUGUCACAACAGUUCAGUGACAGUAUCAUCUUUACUGGACCUACACUGGACAGUGAAAGCAUUGAACUGAUUACAGAUACAAGCAGCCGUCUGCAAAGUUCUAUCAUGCGGCUCCUUGAAAUGAUGGAGGAAACAACACAGCAGUUACUUGAAUCAAAGACAAUGCAACAAGAGUUGUUGGACAGUCUAAGGAUUACUCCAUUGCUCUUUUUUUUUUUAGGAGUAAAAACUAAGGAGUUCCCUUUCCUCUUCUUUUUCCCUUUCCUCUUCUUUUUCCCUUUCCUCUUCUUUUUCCCUUUCCUCUUCUUUUUCCCUUUCCUCUUCUUUUUCCCUUUCCUCUUCUUUUUCCCUUUCCUCUUCUUUUUCCCUUUCCUCUUCUUUUCCCUUUCCUCUUCUUUUUUUCCCUUUCCUCUUCUUUUCCCUUUCCUCUUCUUUUCCCUUUCCUCUUCUUUUCCCUUUCUGUUUUUUUUUCCCUUUCCUCUUCUUUUUCCCUUUCUGUUUUUUUUUUUCCUCCUCACAGCCAUAUCAUGUUGA